AUGAAAGGAUUUGACAAGGGAAAAUGUCAAAAUGAUAUAACAUUAUUAUUACAUUAUGGUAAUAAUUGCUUAUAUAUUUGUGGUACAAAUGCGCUUUCACCACGUUGUCAAAUAAGAAAUAAGCGAAAUUUAUUCGAAGAAUGCGCAACUAGCAUAAAUGCUAUUGGCCUUAGUACAUUCAAUAAAGAUUGUCCAGCUUAUCACUUAUCAUAUGAUAAUUAUACAUUUACAGCAUUAGCUGUUGAUAUUUCAUGUCAAAAGCAAACAUUACUCCGUGCUCUUCCGCAACAACAAAAACUUUGGUUACCAGUUAAUGAUGAUCGUUGGUUUCGUGAGCCAACAUUUAUUGCAUUAUUUGGUUGGAAGCAAUAUGUAUAUAUUGUUUUUAAUGAAGCAAAUAAUGAAGGCAUACAGGGUCGAAUUGGUGCCAUAUGCGCAAAUGACGCAGGUGUUGCAAAUAGUACGGCGCCCUACAAAAAUGCAUUCAAUUCAUUUGGCAAACUUUCUCUAAUAUGUCCUUUAGACAUGAAUAAUUUACAAUUGAAAAUAUUGAAAACAGCGCAAAUAUCUGCUAAUUUCAUUUUUGCUAUAUUUUGGAAUGGUUUUGAACGAUUACCAAUAUCUGUUUUAUGUGUAUUCGAUCUGAAUAAAAUCGAGAAACGAUUAUUCGAUGAUGAUAGAAUUUCGGAAACAGCAUGGAAAAUAAAUGAUAAUCAUUGUCCAGAAAGAAAUCAAUCCGGUUUUCCGAGAAUUUUUGAUAAAACAGUAAUUGCAACAAAUCCAAAUGCAUUGUACAUUUUUCCGGAAAUGAUUGAGAUAGUAUCUGUAAAUGUGGUUAAUGCUAAUAAUGAAAAUUAUCAAAUUAUGGCAAUAUCUAAGAAAGCAAAAGUAUAUGGUUUUAUUUUCAAUGGUAUUUCUAUUAAUAAACAAUGGACUGAGCAAAUUAUUGUUAGUGGAAAAAUAUUGGAAAUUAAAAUUCGAAAAGAGUCUCGAUUUACAGUACUCGCAUCAAAUUCUUUCAAAGAGUACAAAGUAAAAGAUUGGUCUUCAGAAAUUAUCGAGAAUAUUAGCCAGAAUACCGGACAGCAAUGUAAUUGUGAAUGGACCGAAUGGAGUAUUUGUUCACAGAGAUGCGCUGGAGGAUAUCGAAGUCGAGAAUGGCGAUGUUUACCUGGUGACACCUGUAAUUCAUCCAAAGAGAAUCAACAACAAUAUGAAUCAUGUAACAAUGUAUCAUGUAAUGAAAUUCGACGAUAUAGUGAUUGGAGUCAAUGGUUAGCAUUAGAUGGUAAUAGUGAAAUUCGAUAUCGUGCUAGUUGUGGUGUUGAAAUACCUGAUCCUAUGUCAAUUAAAACUAUACUUCAUGGAUCAAAACGUGUACUUACGUAUCAUGAAUGGUUAGCAUGGAAUGAAUGGACAGCAUGCAGUGCAACUUGCGGUAAUAGUUUACGGAGUCGUUGGCGUAUCCGGAAAGGUCUUAUUAUAUCAUACAAUGAUGAUAAUAUUCAGUAUAUUGUCGAGCCAUGUUCUAUACCAUCAUGUAAAUUUGAUGAAAUGAUUGAAUGGACAAAUGGAAGCAAUGUUCGAUGGAAAAUUUUAAAAUGUUCAUCGCUGGAUGAUUGUUUCUAUAAACUCAAUAAUAUCAAUGAUUUUACCAACAGUAAUGUUUGA